GCAAACUGCCCCCGUCGGGUGGGGGCACCGUGCGCCUGAAAGUUAUCCUGCUCCGGAGAGUGUUGUGCCCCCCUCUCCCCCCGAUCGCUCCGCCGGAGCGGGCAGGGCGGCCUGAGACGCGGCGCGGCCCUGGGCUGGCCCCCCGGCCCCCUCCUCCCGGGCGGGAGCGCGUCCCCGCGGGCGGCCAGCAUUGAUCUCCUCCGGACCCAGGGCGGCGGCCCGGGCGGCGGCGGGCUGCAGCCGCGGCCCGGCGGCGAGAGCAUGGCCAAGCCGGUGGACCACGUCAAGCGGCCCAUGAACGCGUUCAUGGUGUGGUCGCGGGCCCAGCGGCGCAAGAUGGCCCAGGAGAACCCCAAGAUGCACAACUCGGAGAUCAGCAAGCGCCUGGGCGCCGAGUGGAAGCUGCUCACGGAGUCGGAGAAACGGCCGUUCAUCGACGAGGCGAAGCGCCUGCGCGCCAUGCACAUGAAGGAGCACCCCGACUACAAGUACCGGCCGCGGCGCAAGCCCAAGACGCUGCUCAAGAAGGACAAGUUCGCCUUCCCCGUGCCCUACGGCCUCGGGGGCGGCGUGGCCGACGCCGAGCACCCGGCGCUCAAGGCGGGCGCCGGGCUGCACGCGGGCGCGGGCGGCGGCGGCCUGGUGCCCGAGUCGCUGCUCGCCAACCCGGAGAAGGCGGCGGCCGCCGCCGCCGCCGCCGCCGCCCGCGUCUUCUUCCCGCAAUCGGCCGCCGCCGCAGCAGCCGCAGCCGCCGCCGCCGCCGCGGGCAGCCCCUACUCCCUGCUCGACCUGGGCUCCAAGAUGGCAGAGAUCUCGUCGUCGUCGUCCGGCCUCCCGUACGCGUCGUCGCUGGGCUACCCGACCGCGGGCGCGGGCGCCUUCCACGGCGCGGCGGCGGCGGCGGCUGCAGCGGCCGCGGCGGCCGCCGGGGGGCACACGCACUCGCACCCCAGCCCGGGCAACCCGGGCUACAUGAUCCCGUGCAACUGCAGCGCCUGGCCCAGCCCCGGGCUGCAGCCGCCGCUCGCCUACAUCCUGCUGCCGGGCAUGGGCAAGCCUCAGCUGGACCCUUACCCCGCGGCCUACGCCGCCGCGCUAUGACCCCCCGCGGGGCCACCUGGCGAGAUUCGGGGUGCGCACACAUGUACAUAUGUAUAGGUACGAGCUCUGCGGGACCUCGGGCUGUUUGUACAGAAGAUGUAUAGGUGCCAGGCAGAGGCAGAGAUGCCAGUCGGGGGGCGCGGAGUGCGCGUGGGCAUUCCCAGGAUCAUUUUAGGACCGCACUUGGGCAGCCAACUUGACAGCGGGCGGUGGUAUUCAUUCCGGCAGCAGUUGGCAGUUUGGUUUGCACUUCGGAACCUGUUGCGUUUUGGCCCAUUAUUGGUGGAGGAGUAACUUUUUCACGUGUUGGGCCCUCCAGUUUUGUUGGUUGGACGUUUAUUGUCGGUUUUGUUUUUGUUUCUCAUUAUCUUUUUUUUUUUUCUUUUCACUCCUGGUCUGUGUUGCAUGCACACUGUUCAAAUGUUAGGUCUGAAAUGGCUGACACAAGGGAAAACCAGAUCGAUGCUAUUCGUUUCUUUGGAACGGAAUUUGGUUCUGAGCAAUCUCGCUCCCUAAUGGUACUAUUUUGAACUUUGCAAAUCUCUGCUCUCUCAAGCAAAAACCCCAGGCCAGAUCCAUUCUUGACCAGUGACCAGCUCGAAUCUGGCCUUUUGUUUGGGAGAUGAUCCGCGGUCUCUUACGCCAUAUGCAAAUCAGAGCAAGAGCUCUUUCUCAAGAGCAAGGAAUGCAAACAAGAAAUAUGUGUGAGAUUGAAAAGUUGUCAAUUGGACCUUCCCCCUCAGAUAAAAACAAAACAGGUAGAAAUCACCCUGAGUCCACUCACUUGGGAUUUCUGACACAGCUUCUAGACAAUGUAAAGGCCCUGUUUCUAUUUUCCCCUAUGGCUGAGAUUGUAAAUGUGUACAUAUUCAUGAAAAAAUUAAGUCUGCGAAUGUGUUCAUUUGCGUUGCCCUAAAUUUGAGUCGAUUUUAGGCUCUAAAGCAUUUUGAGCAAGUAUCAAAGUUAACUUUUAAAAAUUGUGGUUUUAGAAUCACAAUGUUACCUAAGAUUAAAUCAGACUCUUUUUUUUUUGUCUGAAUGGUAAUUAUAUAUUUAUUAUUUAGCAAAACUAAAGGAAAAAAAAAACCACAGAAUUGUUUUGACAGAUGUCUCUCCUUGUCAGCCAGCGUUUCUCCACCAACUUGAACCGUUUAAAUGUGUUUUGGAGUUCCCUCCCUAAUUAGCUUAUAUUUUAGAUCAUCUGCAAUUCAUUUGCAAUUUAUGAUAAAACACAUUUUAGAGAAAAGAGCCUUCCUCAAUUAUAGCUUUUGUGUUCCUUUCUAAAUGUAUAUUUUGACUAAUGUUUGUGAAUGAAGUUGGCUAACAUGUAUUUAGUUUCAUUUUGGCUUUAUUGUAAUAUACAGUUUUUAAAAGUUUUAAGUAUUGGUUUUAACCUUUAUGUGUAAAUGGUUUUCUUGUGUGAUCUUCUAAUUUAAUAUUAGACAUCUAAACUAUAUCUGUAAAUUAGAAUCCGACUAUCACUCUGUUCAUUUUUUUGAACAAAGAGUUUAAAUAAAGCCUGAACCAGGGAAAAGAGAAAAUCCUCUAUUUCUUGUUGAGUUCCUAACAAGAUUUUUAUCUGAAUUGCCCUUACGUGCCUGGCCCAGGUGAAGUGUAAGGUAUCCUCCAAAGGCAGCCUUUGUUUCACUUUUGAAUAGAUUUACUAGGAAAUCUAAAUCAGGCCAUUGUUAUUCAGAGCCAAAAACCUGAUUUAUCACAUUUUUAAUCGUGAAUAGGAAAGAAGAUUUAAAAACCCAAGUAGUUGUAUUAUCUUGGGGGG